ACCCUCUCGCAUCUAUAAACCCUCCCCCCACCUCUCCCGCGGAUCCCUCGCCUCCCUUCCUCCUCCGAUCCGCUUUGCUGGCAAUCCGCAUCUAAACCCUCCCCCCACCUCUCGCCGCCGCCGGUAUCUCACUUGCCCGGAUUCCCUGAUCCGCUUUGCCGCCGUGAUGCUGUCCCUGUCGAGGGCGCUCGGGAGGCGGCUCUUCUCCUCCGCCGCCGCGUCGACGUCGGCGGUGAGGAAGGCGCAGAACCCUCUCGAGGAGUUCUUCGAGGUCGAGCGGAGCACGGAGGAGGACAAGCCCCGGCCCCACUACGGUCGUGGUUGGAAGGCUUCUGAAUUGCGCCUAAAAUCUUGGGAUGAUCUUCAGAAGCUUUGGUACCUUCUUAUGAAGGAAAAGAACAUGCUUAUGACUCAGCGACAGAUGCUGAAUGCAGAGAAUUUGCGCUUUCCAAAUCCAGAGCGCAUUUCAAAGGUGAAGAGAUCGAUGUGCCGAAUAAAGCAUGUCUUGACUGAGAGGGCCAUAGCUGAGCCUGACCCAAGGAGGUCAGCAGAAAUGAAGAGGAUGAUCAAUGCCCUCUGAUUCACUCACAGGCUAACUGUGGGGCUAAGGUUGGAAGGAUAAGUAGCGCUUAGAAAGAUUUACUUUAUUGUGUUGUAUGUUUAUCCUACAAGAUGUGUAAGACCAAUCCUCUUUUAUGUCUGGUAUGCCUGCAACACGCCUUGUUGACAUUAACAUCUCGGUUCCAAUAAUUGCGCUUUAUGUAAUGUGAUAUUGAUAUGCAUUUCAUAUUUGUGCCUCA